AUGAGUUCAAGUAAGUCCACCCGCCAAAGCAGCAAGAGAAAGCUGGAUGGCACGGAUUACGAUCAGGAGAAACGGUAUGUUUCUACCACCGUCAUGGCUCUGUUCAAUCACUCAAUAGAUAUUUUGAAGAAACUCCGGAAUCGCCUGGCCCAGCGGACAUUCCGUCGUCGACAAGCAGAGUAUCUGAGGACUCUCCGGGACCGUGCCGACUCAGGAGAUCGGCCGCAGGAUGAGAUUAUCCAUGCGCUACGGGAGGAAAACGCAUCUCUCGGCUCCGUGUCGUCUGUAUUUGAUACACCAUCUCAGGCUGCAUUUACGGACAAGGUGGACACGACUGACUCUGCUUCUUCAGAACAAGAAACUCUUAGGGACAUAGAUGUGGCUAUGGCAGCCGACAGUUAUUCUGCAUGGGGCACAUCAAGUUCCCGUGCGACUCACACUGUCGCGAUACAAGAUUCAUCAGGUCUAGAUGAUCCUGUAGACGUUAUGCCUCGGCCUCUCUAUGAAGCUCUAGCGGGGUGUGAUAGCUCAUUGCCAGAGUUCAAUCAUGCUAUCCUUUCCCUGGCAAAUCUUCCGCCAUAUGCAAACAGCUUGAGCCAACAACUGCCGAAUAUCUGGUCUUUCGAGUAUCAAAUGGGCCUGUAA